GCACUUAUUAUCUUAGUGGUAAGUUGAAUAUUCGUUCAACGUUUUUAGUGUAUAGUAUUAUAAUAGGUGUUAUGAGACUACCAAAAACUAUUUCACAUAGUAAUUAGUUAAAAUUAUCAUAUUCUUAUUGUUGAUUCAUUCACAAACACUGAAUUAUAGUUUCACAAUGGUUAAGCGAUAAAUUAAACGUUGAAGCAGAUAAACGCAAACAUUACUUCCGUUAUAAUAUGCCAACUCCAUAUGAUAGAAUCGAAAGUAAGAUGUUGAAAACUGAAUAAAAUACACUUAUUCUAAAUGAUGUUCAUAUACCUAUCUAUAUCGUCUAGAAAUGUGAAACUUCGAUUCUCUAUCAAAUUAUGUUAACAUGCAAGUAGAAUUACAGUAAACGUUUUGUAGUCAAAACUACUAAUUCGUGUCCUUAUCCUAUAAAUUCAAAUGAUUGCAUGAUCUCAUUUUGUCGAGAGAUUGUAUUUUGUAAUCAUACAGAAUAACACAUUUAACCUUUUAUACAUAACGUAUGAAUUAUAAACGUCUUGUAAAAUACAAGGUUUAAAGCAUAUUCCAUCUUUUUGAUCAUAAUAUUCGAGUAAGAAAUGAUGUUACCCAUUAACUGGGAUUACAAUGCUAUCGUUUAUUAACAAAGUGUUUUACUUUUCUCACUUUCAUAUUUUCAAAACCACACUUUACAUAGAUUGUUCUAUUAGUCUGUUAGUUUGCCACUAAUUAAAUAUCAUAACUUUUUUGUAUAAGAUGAUAUUUUCCGAAGUUAUUCGACUAUUUGUAAAUCUACAAUCCAAACAGUCAUAUUUACACAAUCUACUCAAAUCUGUACAAAAUAUGUAAAUUAAUUGAACUGGCUAUAAAACUUUUAGGCUAUUAGGUCAAUUUUUGUACUAAUUGUUCUAUUUAGUUUUAACAUCAAACCAAACAAUUUUCUUUGUUUGUUUUUUCAAUUAUUCUCAAUCAUAUCGGUAUAUUAUGAGAAUUAUUUUCAGCUUACUCAAAAUCAUGAGAACAGAAUAUCAAUAAAUAUACUUUCAUAGUAUUCAAAUGUAUUCAUGUAUUACAUAAUCAUCAUGUUGUUCAUAGUUAUUGUAGGAUAUUUUGAUUCCAUUAAAAGUUAAUAAAAGAAAUCAUUGGAUUUUAUUGAAUAACAAUUAUAUUCGAUAGACAUGUACAGUUCGUUGACGAUUUUCAUAAAAAAUCUAUUAAAUACAAAUGAAUAAAAUUUACCAUUCAAAGAUUUCCAAAAGACACUCACUAGAAAGAAUAAUUAAUUAAAAAAUAAAUAAAAAAGUUCUCAAAUAAAUUUCUCUAGACCCCAACCCCACCCAACUCGCCAUAUUGACACUUUAUAACACUUUAAUAAAAUGACUGUUGGUCAUAAACAUAAUGUGUUUAACUUAUCCAUAUUAAACUAAUGUAUAAAUGAUUGGUUUAUGACAGUAUAAUUGAAAUGAUGUCAUUUAAUUAAUUUAACAUUGUCUUUUAUACUGUUCUUCUAUUUUUUUUAAUUAAAUUAAAGAGAUUCAAUGAAAUUGAUUCCAAUGAUUACAAAUAUUCAAUUAUUAUCUGUUCUAUGCUUACUUACUUAUGUGAAUGCAGGUUUGUUACAAAAAUCAAAUGAAGAUGAAAUUUCAUCCGUCGGAAAGACUGAUUCUGGACAAGAUAAAGAGCCGUCAAUCGUUUCUGAUGUUGUUGCAGAAAGUGUUGAUAGUUUGAAUGAAACCACAAAUGUAGACAGUCAUAAAGAAGGAACAUCUAACUCGAAUUCCUCUGAGUCGAUUGUAGUGGCUGACGUUGCUAACACUGAGACUGUUGUCAACUUAACCUCAAAUCCUCCAGAAUCUACGAUAGGAAAUUCUGACAACAAUUCAGAUAGCACUGACAACUCAGAUGUUUCCUCUACUCUGACGACAGAAACUGAUACUACUCAGAAUGAUAUCAUUGUUCCGAUAAUUGUAGAGGGUUCAGAAAAUCAUACAGAAAGUACUUCUACUGUGACAAGUGGUGAAAAUCAUACAGAAAGCACUUCUAAUGCGACAAGUGGUGAAAAUCAUACAGAAAGCACUUCUAAUGUGACAAGUGGUGAAAAUCAUACAGAAAGCACUUCUAAUGUGACAAGUGGUGAAAAUCAUACAGAAAGCACUUCUACUGUGACAAGUGGUGGAAAUCAUACAGAUAAUAUUCAUACAGAAACAGUUAUAUCUGAUUCAACCUCAGAAAAUCUUGACAACCAUACAGAAGCCCCUACAGAUGCUAAUGCACUUUCUCCUUUGAUAGUAGCCGUUGGUGAUCUUUGUAAAGAGUUUGGUAUUUACAUGGACACACAGUUGACUAGUCUAACAUCAGGAGACUUAGAAAAUCAGACAGAAAGCACUCGUAACUCAGGUAUAACCCCUUAUACACAGGUCCAUAACGUUGACGAAAAUCGUACUGAUGACUCUCACUUAGAGUCAACUUCAGAAAGUGUUUCAUAUGACCAAUCGAAAAGUAACCAGUAUAACAAUGUAUAG